AUGAAACUAAAACUUCAGGUGGUUCUUAUACCAGUGACGCUGGCUGAGAUGCCCACAUCCAGCAUAGCCACCUUUAAAAAAUUCCUACAUCUCACCGACCCAGAGAGCUCUGUGGGGCAGGUUUGCGAUGCUCUUAUAAAAAGGUACAACAGGCUUUAUCCGGAAGCAGACAAACUCCAAGUAGAGGGCAUCCAAGAUGACGACCGGUGUGACUUGGACCCGGAUUUUGCCGCAUCAGACGUGUUUCAAUCGGGCGAUGUGGUCCGUGUUCUUGUUGAUAAUUUACUACCGACCUACUCAAGAGACACAUCAAUGAUACUUCCUGAUGUUACAACUGCAACUGCCGACGCCACAACAGGCUCCAAAAGACGAGCUGAUUCCAGUGAAGCCAACGAUUCACGAAUGUUGAAGAAGUCGCGUACCAUAUGGGGAAUUCGCCAAGAUUCACCAAGUGAAGCGGCUGAAACCGCUCCGAAAGCUGUUCCAACUAAUGAUCUGGUGACGAAAUCCCCGGUCCUACUCCCUCCACCAUCGCAUCAAACUCCUGGUUCCAAGAUAAUACCGCAAAAGAAACCCUCACCCGCGUCCUCCUCUGGCAGAAGAAUAACAUCAGGCAUGCUUAAAUUGCCGGAUGAGAGCGAAAACAGUACUGAGAGCGUGAAAAAGACUCCUCAGGCUGUCAGUCAGUCGCCAGAGCAUGACGAAAUAGAUGACGGUACGGAUAGUGACGACCUGGUCUCCCAUAGGCUGCUCAAGCACAGGAAAGAGAAUGACAAAAACCAUGCUACCAAAUUAGCUCCUCCCCCUACCGUUCCCACGAAAACACCAUCGAAGAAGGAGCCUCUUAAUACGCUGACGCCCUAUCACAAUAGCACCCAGCCACCUCAGCCUCAACCUAAUGCAUCUCAAGCUCCACCAAUCACGCAAAUUCACCAGCAACAGCACUUCCAACCGGCACCCCAGGCUCUGCAGCAAGCUCCUCGUCAGAAUUAUCCUAUCAACUCGCCUGCGACAAACAAUAAUGGAUGGCAGCCCACUCAAACUCGCUUACCGCAGCCACAAUUUCCUGAACUUCAAAGGCCAAAACAAGUGGGCUCUCAAAUGAAGCUUAUGCACACAUACCGCCAGGGAACUGCUCCUGCUAGUCAAUUUGGUACCGCUCCGAACCAGACUCUUCAAUCGCCUUACGCAGGGAUCUCUAAUAUCACUCAUCCGUCAUUGGCUCCGCAAUACGUUUCGCCCAGUGGAAGCUUUCAGAGUCAUUUGUCUCCUGCCCCUGGUCCUCAACCACAAUUGCAGAGGCCCUCACUGUCUUCCUCACCAGCGGCCCCAGUCCAAAAUACCACUCAACAUCAACAACAUCGAAACACGUCGCUGCUUGAAAACUCAUUAAUUCGUCAAUAUCCAGUUACAAGUCCUAUCGAGGAUCAGAAAAUGCAAGAAUCUAUCAAGCAGCUGAUCCAUGAGAAGGUUGAUGACGCAAUGAGAAGGCAGGAGUACCUCGUCAAGCAAGGUGUUGGUAAGAUAAGAGAGGAGGAGGAAAAAGAGAAGGAAAGAAAGACUGCUGAGGAUAGAAGACGAGAUGAGGAGCAACGCCGAAUGCAAGAGGAAAUGAGAAAGGCCGAAGAGAACCGUAUUCUCAUGCCUGCUGAAGAGUUGAAGAGGCAAGCAGAAUUGCUUGAACAAGAGCAGGAAUGGAGGGAUAGAACCCUUCUGUUCCAGAAGCAUUUGCAACAAAAAGAGGAGCUACUCAAAAAGAAGGAAGCUCUAAGACAGCAAGAAGUUCGAAAGGAAGCAAUUUUGAGAAAGCAGGACGAUCUCAGACGACAGGCCGAACUCAAGAAGCAGGUUGAGCGUAAACAAGAGGAAGCUUUGCGGCAGCAAGAGCAAACCAAAGCGAAGGUACUUCAAGAGAAGAAUUCAUCACAAGGAAAAGGAGCUGGUGAAGAUAUUGCAAACAACACUCAAGUUCAUGGCAAAGCGCCACCUGUUCACGUUUUUGAUUACGACAAAUCUUUACCAAGCAAUGUCAUGAAGCCUGCUACAGGCUUUGGCGGUCUAACCCCUACUGUUGUUGCACUGCCUCAACCAGAACCUCGUGUCAAUAAAACUAAUGGGUCUGCUGCCACAAAAGAAAACGCAGGUGCUAACAAAGAAUCUUCUAACUCUGGAAAGGCUGCUCAUGAUGGUGACAAAGAGGAUGUUUCUCUAGAUAAGGGCGAGAUCAUGUCAAUCAUCAGAAACAACAUGCGCGUACCUCAUAAAAUUAUCAAGAAACUCUCAGUUCCCACUCCUGAUAAUACUAAGUUUGCUGCUCACGAGGAAGAACGCAAGCGUCAGAUUCGGGAGGAAAAUAUCGCCAGAAAUGCCGCUGAACUCGAAAGCAGGCGCCGCAACGCAGCCGCAGCUCCUCCAAAUACUACUAGGAGCUUGCGUUCUCGUGUAACGAUCGGUGGAGUGCCAAAUUUCGAUACAAACUUGGACAACAUUGAGGACGAAAGAGAUAAGGAGAAGGAGAAGUUGAAGGAGACCAGGGCGAAUGCGUUGCCAGCUCCUUUCAAUGACUUUGCUAGCAAGUCCAAGCUUUCUUCAAUCUAUGUGAAGAUGAAGAAAUUGGACGCGAGGAUCGAAAAACAGCACCAGGAACUGCUGAAGAAGAUAAAGAGUGAGCCAUCUACUCCAACCUUGCAACGAAGUGAAGAUGCCUCGCAGAUAUCAAAUGAUACUUCCAGUGGACAACAAAGCACGCUUCAAAAAUUACAAGCUGCCGCAGAAGAUGAAUCCGAUGAGGGCAAUGAAGCAUCGGAGAAAGAAGGUAGUGCUGAGGAAGAAGAAGAGCAAGAAGAGGAGGAAGAGACGAACGCUUCAUCACAGUCAAGCGAAGAUGAUGUUGAAAUGCAAGACGCAGCUGCCGUUUCUAACAGCUCUGAAGAAGACGCUUCUGUGAAUGAAUCCGAUGAUUCGGAGGAUGAAGAAUCGGAAGAUGUGGAUUCGGAUGCUGUUAAACAACCAAAAAAGAAGAUUCCAAAACAAAUGAAGCCAGCUGUUGUUAAUCAGUCUUCCUCCGCCACUUCAGGCGUCAUUAAGCGUGGCAGAGGCAGACCAAGAAAGGACGAUCCUCGCAACCUUACUAAGAAAGUUCCGCAACCAAGGGCGUCUCUUCGUACAAGAUCUGCAGCUCCAGAAGUUAUUGAAUUGGAGUCAUCGAGUGAGGAUUCAAAUGAAGAGGACAGUGUUGAGAAUGAAGAGCAGAUCGAAAACGACAAGGUCACAACUGAAGAGUCCAACCAGGUGUCAGUGGCAACUAGCGCUUUUGAGACUUCCGAGAGUGAAAAACCAUUGAACGCUACAGAACAGUCGACAAGAGAAGGUUCUGCAGCUAUAAGUGGGUAUGAUUCGCAAAGGUCUGAAUCGCAUUAUACUGACGCCGAAGCCCCCGAUGUACGUGGAAGGGAAAAUGAUGAUGACUCCAACAAGCAAGACGGCGAGGCUGCUUCAGACCCCAUCGAAAUUGAUUCUAAGGCUGGCACUGAAGGCCCUGAGACUCAUGUUGACAAGCUGAAAUCAUCAAGUGGAGAUAAUGCCAAGGAAGCUGCUCUGGCAUCCUCUCUGGUGGAAAAUCAUCCAAAUGUUACUCAAGUUUCGUCACACGCCACCACGGCUACUUCAUCAUCUCCCUCGGUUGUGCCUGAGCCAGAAUCAAGCAAGCUUCCGCAAGAAAAUGAGGUUGCCAAGAGAGAUGAAGCUACAUCUCCAAAAAAGGCCACUCCUGUGAAGGCUAGCAUAGAAGUAGCACCUGUUCAAUCGGUAUCAGCUUCUCAAAAGACUGAUGCCUCGCCCACGAAAAAGGUAACUGCAUCCAUGUUGGUGGCGGCCCUUAAUAAGCUGCCCAAGUCCAAAGAUGGCCAGAAGGUAGGCUCAAACACUCCAGUGAGCAAAAACAUCGGUAAUGCGUCGAAGCGUGCAUCUCAUGGGGAAGGACUGUCGCCAAUAAAGAAACUCAAAAUAGAACCUCCAAAGGUUGACGGCAAAGUUGAAGACGGAGAGAAAGACGUUAAGCCGGAUGUCGUGAUAUCAUCGGGUUCCGAGUCCUCAUCGUCCUCAUCGUCAUCAUCUUCAUCGGAAUCUUCAUCAGAAUCUUCAUCCUCCUCGGAGUCUUCCUCCGAAUCUGAUUCUGACAAUGAGUCCAGCGACGAUGCUCCUCAGCCAAAGUCGACGUCGCAAAAGGCUGCGGCAGUUGCAACUGGGAAAAGUGGUGCAAACAGUAAGGUUGAAAAGUCCGAUGAAAAAUCUCACCUGAGUAAUCUCAAAGACUCUGUUUCAGAAAAGGCACUGGUCUCGAAGGAGAAAUCGCCCUCUAAGGAAAAACUAGCGAAGACUGAGACAAUUGCCGAAAAGAACCCUGUCUCAGGAAAAGGACCAAUCGUUGAUAAGAAGCCUGUUGUAUCAAACGAGAAGAAGCCUAUUGAAUCAAAAGAGAAGAAGCCUGUUGAAUCAAAGCCUGCAUCAAGUUCUUCAUCAAACUCCAGUUCAGAUUCGGAUUCGGAAUCGAGCGAAAGUCUGUCGGAAUCUGAAAGCGAGUCUAAAAAGAAACCGCCAACCAUUGCUAAAAGUGCUUUGAAGAAAGUUCCUAGUCUUGUGAGCUCCAGAGUUGUGAAGAAGAACUUCGGCUCGCUUGCAAAACCAACUGCUAAACCCAUCAAGGCGCCAUCCCCACCCGUUCACAAGCUGACUGAAGGUGUGAGGACCAUCACCAUUGAGACUCCAUUUUCGAAGUCAUCUGAUGAGGAUGAACAAGCGAAGGCAAAGAAGGCGCAGCAAAGGCCAGCACCAACAGCGACGUUGCCAAAAUUAAACUCUCUUAGUGAUUUACUGAAGCGAGGAGUACCGGAUGUACGUGACUCGAAGGACAAGAGUUCUUCUGAUUCUAAGAAACAACCUGAGAAGAAGCUUGAUAUCUCAGAGUCAGAGCUGGAAUCGCUGAGUGAGUCAGAUCUGAGCUCUGGUUCGGAUUCAGACCUGGACUCAGAUUCAUCCGAUGAUGAGGAAUCCUCGAAGUUCGCCAGCUUGAAGAAGCUUUCUGGUGAUGGUGAUGCCAAGAAGAGGAAAAAAAAGAGCAUGGGUUUUAGCAGUCUCAUGAGAGAUGCUAACAAAAAGUAA